CUGGGUGUGGACACAAAUACAUCAAACUCUCUCUGCUUUACACACACCGAUGGGAGGAAAGUCCAGCAGUAGAUUAUUAAACCGUAACUAAAUUCACUAAUCAGUCUUCACUAGGAGACAUCGAGGUCAUCACCACGUCUUACAGGACAUAAGUUCACUGCAAAGAUGAACAGCAAGGACAGAGAUGCUUUUGCAAACAUCAGUCGGAAGGCAGGCCUGCAGAUAUGGACCAUCAAUAAAAUGCGGAUGGCUACAGUUCCAACCAAGGCCUUUGGUAACUUCUUUGAGGGUGACUGUUACAUUGUUCUGAAUAUAAGCAAGAAUAAGGGUGUGGGAGAGUCGAUCGACAUCCACUAUUGGAUAGGAAAUACUUCCGCCCAGGAUGAGCAGGCAUCUGCAGCCGUCUAUACCACCCAGCUGGAUGAAUAUCUGGGUGGGAGUCCGGUGCAGUACAGGGAGGUGCAGGGCUUCGAAUCACCAAAGUUCAGGAGCUACUUUAAAAAUGGCCUGAUCUACAAGAAAGGUGGAGUGGCUUCAGGUUUUAACCAUGUUGACACAAACGUCUACAACGUCCUGCGACUGCUGCACGUCAAAGGGAGGAAGCAUGUUUCAGCAACAGAGGUUGAGGUGUCAUGGAACAGCUUUAACAAUGGAGAUGUGUUUAUUCUGGACCUUGGGAAAAACAUCGUGCUGUGGAACAGCCCCGAGUGUGACAGGAGAGAAAAGCUCAAGGCAAUGUUGUUGGCGCAGGACAUCCGGGACAGGGAGCGUGGAGGUCGGGCCGAUAUCCUUAUCGUGGAGGGAGCACAUGAGAAGCAAACACCGGAAUUGGUAAACAUGAUGACCGAUGUGCUGGGCAAAAGACCCAGCCAGCUGAAGAAGGCUACCCCUGAUGACAAACAUGACCAGGAGCAGAACAACAAUGUCAGACUCUACCAUGUUUAUGACAACAGUGGGAACAUAGUGAUUCAAGAAGUGGCAGUACAGCCUCUAACACAAGAUCUGCUGCUCUCCUCUGACUGUUAUAUUUUGGACAAUAGAGGCUCUAAUGUGAUGGUCUGGAAGGGCAAAAGGGCCUCAAAGGAUGAGCGCCGUGAAGCUAUGAAGAGAGCAGUGGACUACAUUAAAACCAAAAACUACCCAUCCAGCACCAGCAUUGAGGUGAUGGGUGAGGGAGGAGAGUCAGCUAUGUUUAAGCACCUGUUCAAAACAUGGAGAGAAAAGGGGCAAAUUACCGGCCUGGGUAACACCCACACCAUUGGAAAGAUAGCCAAGGUUGAUCAGGUAAAGUUUGAUGUGAUGGAGCUCCAUGCUCACCCUGAUAUGGCGGCAAAGCAUCGCUUGGUUGAUGAUGGUACAGGAGAAGUGAAGGUGUGGCGCAUUGAGAAUUUGGAACUGGCUGAGGUACAGCCAAAUAUGUAUGGGCAGUUUUAUGGAGGAGACUGCUACUUGGUGCUGUACUCAUACAACAUGUCAAAUAAAGAGCAGUACAUACUCUACAUGUGGCAGGGACGUCAUGCCACUAAAGAUGAGAUCACAGCCUGCGCCUACCAGGCUGUCGCUCUUGACAAUAUGUACAACGGAGCCCCUGUCCAGGUCCGAGUGGUGAUGGGAAAGGAGCCUCGCCACUUCCUGGCUAUUUUCAAAGGAAAACUCAUCAUUUAUGAGGGAGGAACAGGUCGGCCUGGUGCCGUCAGCCCUAAAACCAGCUCCAACCUCUUCCAGGUGAGAGGAACCUCUGAGUUCAACACAAAAGUCAUCGAAGUGCCAGCAAGGGCCUCGUGUCUAAGCAGCAAUGAUGUGUUCUUGCUGAAGACCAGCCAGAAAUGCUACCUGUGGUAUGGAAAGGGUUGCAGUGGAGAUGAGAGGAUGAUGGCGACAGAGGUGUGUGACCGCCUGUUUAGGCAGUACAAAGAGGUGGUGAUGGAGGGCCAGGAACCAGCUGAGUUCUGGGUUGCUUUGGGGGGAAAGGCCCCCUACGCCAGUGACAAGAGACUGGAGAGAGAGGCUCCGGUUCACACACCUCGUUUGUUCGAGUGCUCAAAUCAAACCGGUCGGUUCAGGAUAACCGAGGUUUAUGACUUUGACCAGAGCGACCUGGAUGAAGAGGACGUGAUGCUGCUGGACACCUGGGAGGAGAUUUUCUUGUGGGUUGGAAGGUUUGCCAAUGAAACUGAGACCAAAGAGUCUUGGAACAGCGCACAGGAGUACCUGAAGACCCACCCAGCUGGUCGUGACCCGGACACGCCCAUCAUCUUUGUGAAACAGGGAUAUGAGCCUCUCACCUUUACUGGCUGGUUUACCGCAUGGGACCCUUUUAAGUGGAGUGACCUGAGCGCUGGCAACUUGAAUAAAGGUCUUGAUAUGAUGGAUGGCUAUACUGCUCCUGGAGGCCCUGUGAGUUCGUUUCCAAUGUACAGGACCCACGGUGGGGCUCUGUCGCCCAAGUCCCCCACUCCCACCAGCCCAUUCAAAGGCACCUACUCUCCAGCUGGUGGUAGUGGGAUGUCAGUGGAUCCUAGGCUACUCAUUGAUGUACCUGCCAGUGACCUACCUGAGGGAGUGGACCCCGGCCAGCGAGAGGACUACCUGGCUGAUGUAGACUUCGAGAACCUGCUUGGUGUAAGUCGAGCUGAGUUUCUGGGCCUGCCCACAUGGCGUCAGAUCGACCUGAAGAAAAAAGCAGGCCUCUUCUAGAAAGGAUCUACCUGUUGGAUUUCACAGAAGCGAGUCCAAACCAGUCCAUCGAGAUACUGAGAAAUCCAAGCCAAAGAACGUUUGUCUCUAUUGUUGACAGAAGCAGCAGCAAUUAACUCGAAUAACUUAUUCACUUAAGUGUUUAACCAUUAAGGAAGUUCAGGUGAUUGGGGAAAAAAAAUCAACUUACUAUAAAGUGAUUGACUUUUUGUUUUUAUUUAAUGGAUGUUCCCUGUACUCAUGAAUGCAUCAAAUGUUUUCAGGCUGAUCACCUGAUAUUUUUCUUUGUUCCUGCCAUGAAUCACAAAAUGAAACAAAUAAACACAGAAAACCACCA